CGCGUGUUACAUGGAUAAGGGCGAGACUUUGGAAAUGUCUUAAGUGGCAGGAGGAUCAGGCAGCAGGGAAGGCGAGGUGUAGGCGAACUUCACUGGAUACCGCACCUAGAGAAGCCACCGCUAGUCUCCAGUCGUUUCCCGCCAGCGUCUUCUGCAUCCGGGAGCCAGUCUCGCGAGAUGCGAACUCGGCCGUUCUAGCCUAAGACUCGCGCCUGCGCAGAGACGAAAAGCGAGCGCCGCGUGGACGCCAAUGGCGGCUCGCGCCUGCGUCCUGGUUUCGCCCCGUGAUUGGUUCCCGUCUUCCAGGGGACGCGGCAGUUCAGUUUUCACUUUCUCUCUUUUUCCGCACCCCUCCUCUUUUUCCUUGAGCCACAAGGUUUUACUUCCGGUUGCUGGAGCCCGGCCGUGAGAAAGUCGACGCGGUCUUUCAGGCGGCGGGCRUCCUGGGGCAGGUUGUCGGCUGUGACUCUGAGGGGAGACCCGGGGCGCGGGGAGCGCGGCGUUCCUCUGACGAGGCGCUGUUUGCGCGAGGGCCGGGACGGCGCCUGGUUUCGUGCACACUUGCUGGCCAGCUGGCUGCCAGGCCGGGGAAGGAGGAGCGGACGCGCUGGAAAAGCAUGGGAAGAAAAGUGCGCAGUGAUCUCAGGUCCUCGGGGCCAGCGGCCGCACCAAGGACAGUUUUUGAGACAGUGUCCUUGAGUUCAGACUCUCUUUUCCAGAGGGCAAUUUCAGUUCUCCGUACUUCUUACUUGGACUCUGCAUCUGAGCAUGGUUUUCAGUACAGUCAAGUGACUUUGGUGAAAAAUGACAUUUUCUUAAAUGAGUACAAAACCUUUUAUCAACAAAAACAAGCAAUUAACUAUACUCAGGAAGAACUUCAAGAAACUUACGGGUUUCUUCUAUUUGAAACUGAAAAUCAGGCCAAAUUGGUUUGUCAGCGUGGACUGUGUGUUGGCAGCAGUGCUAUUACCACUCUUGGUGAUCCAGCCAAAGGUAUAUACAUUUCCAAAUACUCAGACUGUCUUCAUCCAAGACCAUGGUAUCAUGGGAAAUCUGGUUAUGUUGUAAUUUUUAAUCUAAUUAAGGGAAAAGUCAAGUUUGUGUCUGAGAAUUAUACAACUAACUACACUAGGCCAUCUUUUGGCUAUGAUUGCCACGUGGCGGCAGAUACAAACAAAGUUUCUCACAAGACAAGUCAUUUUCGUGCCUUUGAGCUGAGUCAGUAUUACCUCUAUGAACUUUCAGGCGACACUGUUAUUAAGAGACCAAGACAGAUCUGUCCUUAUGUAAUUGUAGCUUUUCAGUACCGGGAGCCUAAAAAGAUGGCAGCACCAGCUCAUAAUAGCAUAAUUGAACUCAGUAAAAAUGUUCUCUCUCCAUGGAAAGGGAGAUUAAUUAUUCAAGGUUGUGUGCUGUGUGAUAUAACUCUUUGGUCUACUUACGGUACAAUAAUUCCAACACAGCUACCACAGGAACUUGAUUUUAAGUAUGUAAUGAAAGUGUCUUCUUUGAAAAAACGACUACCAGAAGCUGCCUUUAACAAACAGAACUACUUGGAGCACAAAGUCUCUUGCCAAGAUUUGUGCUUUGAUUUGUAUGAAGUGGAACUGUCAAAUAAACAAGGGGAAAGGAUAGAUAAACUAACAGAGUACAUUAAAAAUAAACAGUUGGCAAUCAUCAAAUGCUUAGAAGACCGGGGAUUUUUUAUUUUACUUACAUCAUCAGCCUUAAUACCAGAACCAAAUUUGGGAGGUGAGCAGAUAGGUCUACAUGGGUUAUAUUUGUUCCAUUCACACCUGUCAACAGGGGUGAAAGAUUUGAAAGUUGAAGAUGACAUCUCACUGAAAGUGAUACCUGUUUUACCUGCACUUAAYUAUGCCCUGCUCGAAGCAAAGAAAUCACUUCCUGAGGAAGGAACCUGUCCAAGCACAUUAGUAAAGCACAAUUUUCAAGAACUGUACAAGACAGAUAAAAGCCCUUCAUUGACGGUUGCUCGGGAUGGAAUGAAAAAGACUGCAUUCUUUGGGAAAUCGUCCAAUGGUUUUGACUUGGUUCCUCCACCUGAAAAGUGCCCAUUACAGUUUUUAACUCAGUUGAAGUCUUAUUUUUCAGAUCCUAGUGGUUACACUUUGGAAGUUUCUGCUGCUUUGGAUUUGUUAGCAGAGCGUCCUCAGUCUCCUUGUAUUUCAGAUGGAAUUUGUGAUGCUGGAUUUUCUUUAGUUAUGACUCCAGAUUCUGAAUUUCUUGACUCAGAGGUGGAAGUAAGGAAAGAAACUGAAACAGAAAAGAAUUCUGAGGAAAUAUCGACAGCAAAAAAGGGAGUGGUGGUUCCACUGAAUCCAGCAUCAAAUCUGAGAGUGCAGCCAAAGAGAAAAGCCAGCAUGCCACUCCUGGUGCAGAAUAAAAGRGUUAAUCUGUGUCGCCCUCUUCCCAAAAGAACUGCACCCGGAACAGACAGUGGAUCGCACUCUCCAACAACCCUUAAGUUAGUUAAAGGACAGUUUCCUCAGAAAAGAAAAAGAGGUGCGGAAGUGCUGACUGCACAGUUUGUACAGAAAACCAAAUUGGAUAGGAAAAACCAAGAGGCUUCUAUUUCUAAAGAUGUUCCAGUGUCAACGAAUGCUAAAAGGGCAAGGAAACAAGAAAAAUCUCCAGUCAAAACUGUUCCAAGGGCUAAGCCACCUAUGAAGAAAUCUCCACAAAAACAGAGGGUAAAUGUAGUAAAAGGCAAUCAGAAUCCCAGAAUCAGAAAGCAGCCACAACCUGCUAAGGGAGAAACUGCUUUACAGCUUCAAUCAAAAAUUUCAUCAGAUGGCCAAAAAGAUGGGAUUAGUAUAAAUACAGAUCAACCAGAAAGCACCACAGUGGCUCAUAAAGAUCUUCCUGAAAACUCCAUUAUGAACUAUGACUCCCAGGCCCUAAAUAUGUUAGCUGAUCUUGCAUUAAGUUCUGCUACCUCUUGCACCCCAUCUUGUGAGCCUAGAAUUCUUCCCUGCUCCUCUGAAUUGCCACAGAAUGAUGUUUUACUCUCUAAAGAAAAUUCACUGCAUGGUACCUCUGACCAUGAAUAUCAUAGGGGCAUUAAAAGUCAAAAAGGUGUACUGUUACCCAAACUGUCCUCUGAUAGAAAGAGUAACUCAGGGUUAGACUUAACAGUUAGUCRGGAAGACGAGUGCUUGGUACCUUGUCAGGCCCAUGAUGAAGCCCAGUCAGCAUCCCCUGAGGAAACAGUAAAGUCUUCAGAUGCAAGCCAAAAUUCGCUGGUUGCUGUGGAACAUUCAUAUGCCCUGCUCCUUGUGGAACAUUCAAAGAAACAUCUACAGCCGAGAGGGUUACCAGGCCCUGCUUUUGCCAAGAAUGGGACAAAAGGUCCUGAUGCUGGAACUCCAGUGGGAAAAGUCAUGCCUUUUCGGCAUCUACAGAAUACUUCCCCUCUCCAAAAGGUUUCUGAGGAUUCAUUGAUAAAGCGCAAAAAUCGAUUUGUAUCUUCCCACCUAAAAGAUUUUUAUUGCUCCCAUAGUGUGCUUAGCUGUGAUGGCUCCUUUAAAGUCACUUUCAAAUGUGAAACAGACUAUUCAUUCAACUUAGAUAGCAAAUAUACUAACAAUCCACUGGAGAAAACUGUUAUAAGAGCAUUGCAUGGGCCCUGGAACACUAAUUUGCCUGAUAAUGUGGAAGAAGUGAAGCUUUUACUUCACAUGUGGGUAGCUCUGUUUUACAGUAAUCAGAACAAAGUCAUACGAUCAUCCCGAAAAGUGGUAGAGCACAGCAACCCAGCAAAGUAUGUGUCCAUAAAUAGCACUUUAGAAUCUUUUGAACUCAGUGAAAUUGAGGAGUCCUCCAGUGUGGAAAGAUGUUCUGUAGAACCUAUGUUGGAGUCGAAUGAAACAUCCAGAGGUCAUGCUACAGAAAUGUCCUUCCCUGGCCCUAACUGCUUGCUUCCUUUGAUUAAACCACCACCUGCCAAAGGUUUGGAACUCAGUGUACAGAAUGAACAGAAAGAAACUUUUGCAAGAGAGUGUCAUGCAGACACCUCAGAAAGCCAGAAUUUCAUCUAUUCCUGUAAUAAUGAGGUAAUUGGAAAGAAAGCCAAACAAGAAUCAUCAGAUCUAGAGACUUCUAAUCUURUGCUUUCUGGUAUUGAAAGUAUGCAAACUAAUGGACCUUCUAUUUCUGGUGAAGAAAAAACCUUUCAGUUAGAUGAUAAUACUAGAGUGGCUUCUUAUAAUGAUACAGUUACACAAGCCACAUUCACCACCACUUAUAAUGGGGCCAAUAGUCACUCGRUAGUAUGUCAAAAGUCUAUAUACAACACCCUUGAAAACAAAGUUGAUGUAGGUCAUGCAUCAAUGCAGACAAAAACAGGUACUUUACAGGACCUUACCCAGCAUAGCAGCCCCAUAAACAGUGAAUGUCAGUCCUCCUUGGAAAGGACAGAUGAUAAUAUGGGGUGUGUGAUGAUUAAUCUGGAACCAGUUACUCCCACUUUUGAAAAAAAUGCCUGUGUACCAAUAUAUUCAGAAGUAAAUAGACCUGAUAAACCCACAGCCUUUGAUACAGAGCUGAUGAAACAAGUGUCUCCUCCUGCAAGUCCUAGACAUCCCAUAUCUGCAUUGGAAAAAGUACAAACACAAGAUCUUAGGGAUGUUCCAUCUCUUGCAGUGUCAGGACAGAAAGCCACUAACCACCUUUGUGCCUCCUCAGUUAAUAGAGAGACACUUGCUCAAGAACUGUGUUUAUUACAGAAAGAGAAGCCUCUUCCAGUCUCAUCACCACCAUCCAAUAAAACAUCGAUAAUGGAAGCAUUAGCUUUAGUCAAAAGUUCUAGUUAUACAUUACCCAGUGAAGAAAUGAAAGGCUCUCAAGAUUGCAGUUUGCAGACUCAACGUGUCUUUAGCAUAUCUUCAGAAGAGAUUAUAGAGCCAUCCCAGGUUGAAGUAGUCUCAUCAUCAGCCUCAGCCACCUUGGGAAAAGGGUAUUCUCUUAACUGUAUUCCACCAAGAAUUACUAUGUCAGAUGGCUCUUUAGAAAUAAGGAAGAAUGACAAGAGUAAUCUAAAUCAUGAAAAUACAAAUGUGGAGUCGUUUACUUCGGUAUUUGCCCAACAAAUUAGCCCAUCUAAGGGUAGGGAAGAGAACAGACUGGAAUUGUCAGAGGAAGAUUCUGAUAUUGACCUAACUCUAACAGUAUCAUCACCUACAAGUCCCAAGGAAGAAAUGGCAGCUGGUGAAAUAGAGCAACUUCAGAAGGCCCCAGUAUCAAAUUUAGAACUUCAGGAUAUAGCUGAAGAAAUAGUUGAGCCAGAAGAGGUAACCCUUGUGGAAAACAGAGAAAUUAGUUCAGCUAAUUAUAUGUCAGUGUGUCCUGUGGUACCAGAAGAACCACUAGAAAAUAAGGAAAGAAAAAGUGAUAGUUUACAGCCAGUUACUUUAAUACUUUCUAAAGAAAAUUGUACCCUUGAGAUUGCAGAAGAAAUUAACGUUACUUCUGAUUUCCCCUUUGAUUCUCUAAUUGAAGAAGUGUCACCACCUUCUAGUCCUGAUCCCCCAGUACCAACCAAAGAAACACGACCUUCUCAGGCUGUGUCUCCAUGUAGUUUAGAAGUUCAUGGUAUACAGUGUGAGAAAAGUAACAAAUUGUCCCAGAUUGGUUCAGGAGAUUUAGCUGUAACAGAAAAAGAAAAUUCUUUUGUUAGUCCUAACCAUCCAGUGGGACAGAGUGACUUAACUCAAGUACAGCAAACUCAGCUUUCUGCUGAAAUGCCUCUAAUGUUAACCAAAAAUCCAGGAAGAAAAGGUAGACCAAUCCUUUCUGGUAAAGUAACUGAGGGAACUUUCCCAAAUGAGCAUAAUGAGGGUUUCUCUUUCUCAGAAAAGGUGCAGUGCUGUGAUGCAGCAUUAGCCAAGUCUGCCUCAGCUGCCAGAUACAGAGGUAACUUCAAGCCUUCUGUCGAAAAACUGGUAAAAUCAGGAAAUCCACUGCAGCCAAUUAGCAUAGAGAAUAGAAAUUUGGACUUAAAACAUCUUGUCUUAGAGUCCAGUGAACCUCCAUUUAGUCCUAAAAAGAUUGUUGAAAAUAAGUCUUCAGCUGAUAGAUUGGUUUCUACAACUGCUCUAAGUGGAAUAGUAAAUGUGUCAUUAAAACAAAAGACCAACCCUAAAAGCAUUACAAAAAAUCUUUUUGAUAGUGAUUUGAAAACAGAUAGUGGAGGGUACAUGCAGGUGAAGUCCAUGGACUCUGCCUCCAUUGAUAGAGCUGGUGUUAUACAGACAUACAUGCCCCCAGAGAGCCCAAAGCUUGGUUCUUCCUCAGAUAGCACUACAUUCACCCAUUGUACACAACCAGGAAAUGUGGAGCCAGGGUUUCAAACACAGGAAAUAUCAGUAGUCAGAAUGGCCAAUUUACUUAAGAAUAGUGAGACUAAAGCUGAGUCACCUGAAGAAAGUAUAGAUCUAGGUACUGUCAGCCUUCAGUCUAACUCUACAUCUUCAACGAAAGUUGAACAAAAAAUCCACAUGUCGCAGGAUAUGGCAACAYGUGAGAUAAAGGAUCUGUUGAAUGGUGGAUUUUUUCCUAUGUAUUCUGGUUCAAACCAGAAUGCAGCAGAGAACAGUGAAAGUAUCAGUAAAGAGACUUCUGCUUCAUYUGACUCUCUUGUUUGUGGAAUCUCUAAAGAGCAUAUUGACAAUAAGAUCCCUAAUGAGGARUACAGGGCUGAGGCUGAUUUUGAAACUCAGGAUGGAGAGACAAAGAUGAGGGUGAAUUCAGACAUGCAUUAYGAACCACUUUCUGGAGACUCUGAUCAAGACUUUCUUGAUGACUGUAGAAAUCCYGAAUUAGACAUGGAAGAUUCAUGCACUUUGAGAAGUAGUCACACCAGCAAAAAAGAGGAUGUUGUAAAAAAUAGUUACGAAUCUUCCAUGAACUCAAACAAUAGUGAUAAUGAAGCUUGGGGUUAUAAUAGAGUUCCAGAGCUGGAGACUAGCAUUCCUUCAAGAAACAGGUUCAUUGGAUUAAAGCAAGAAGAUAAGUGUGUGCCAUGCUAUGUCCAAAUUCGAGAUCUCCAUGGUAUCCCCCGGACCUAUGCUAACUUUACUAUAACAAAAGAAUUCAAAGAUACAUCUAGAACUUUGCAUAGCCUGAAGAGGCAACCAAGUUUUGCUGCAAACUGUAGCCUGCUCAGCUCCUGGACAAGCACUUGGAAAGUGGCAGAUGACCUCACCCAAAACACAUUAGAUCUGGAAUAUCUACGUUUUGCACAUAAAAUUAAACAAAUAGUAAAGAAGRAGGAUUCUAAGAAACCUGCCUCUUCCCCCAACAUCUUUCCAAAGGAAUCACCUACCCAAAUCAUGGUGGGAACUUUACCUUUGACAAAAACAUCCAAGGCCCCAGUUCUGCAUCCUGCAUCCAAGAGCAGAAGCCCCAUCCUGGUAACAAUUAUGCAUCCAGAUGCCAGACAGGCGAGUCAGCACAGAAGAGGCCAUACACCCAACCAUAUGGACAGCACUUACUCCUUUUGGAAGGAGAGAUGUAAUCACAACAGAAAUCUUACGAAUUCUCAAAAGAAUCAGAGUGUUUCAUUUCACCUCAACAAACUGAAAUAUAAUAGCACUUUGAAAGAAUCUCGGAAUGAUAUUUCACUUAUUCUCAAUGAAUAUGCUGAAUUCAAUAAGGUAAUGAUGAAUAGCAACCAAGUUGUUUUACAAGAUAAAGAGUUAAAUGUGGCUUCUGGAGACGCCAUGUCCCAAGACAUGUAUCCAUCUCUUCCAAGACAGUCAGCCUCCUAUGAAGACAUGAUUACAGACUUAUGUGCCAGCUUGCAUGUCAAACUAAAAAGCGUUAUGAAAGAAGCUUGUAAGAGUCCCUUCCUGUUCUACCUUGUUGAAACGGAAGAAAAAUCAUUCUUUGUAAGAACAAAGAACAUUCUGAGGAAAGGAGGCCAUACAGAAAUUGAACCUCAGCAUUUCUGUCAGGCUUUUCACAGGGAGAAUGAUAAGCUAAUAAUCAUCAUCAGAAACGAAGAUUUAUCAUCACAUUUGCAUCAGAUUCCUUUUCUGCUGAAACUGAAGCAUUUCCCCAGUGUCAUCUUUGCUGGAAUAGACAGCCCUGAAGAUGUUGUUAACGACACCUACCAAGAGCUGUUUCGCACAGGAGGCUUCAUGAUAUCAGAUGACAAAAUAUUAGAACAUUUAACAUUAGUUCAACUGAAGGAUAUUGUCAAAAUUCUGGAAAAACUAAAUGGAAAUGGAAGAUGGAAAUGGUUACUUCACUACAGAGAAAAUAAAAAGCUAAAGGAAGACAUAAGAAUGGAUUCAAUUGCACAUAAAAAGAAUUUAAUAUUGAAAUCAUAUCAGAGUGCAAAUAUCAUCGAAUUGCUUCACUAUCACCACUGUGACUCUCRAUCUCCAACAAAAGCAGAAAUUUUGAAAUGUUUGAUAAACCUGCAAAUUCAGCAUGUUGAGGCCAGAUUUGCUGUCUUCCUAACAGAUAAGCCUACUGUCUCAAAAGAAGUCUUUGAAAAUAGUGGAAUCCUUGUUACAGAUGUAAAUAACUUUAUUGAAAAUAUACAAAAAGUAGCAGCUCCAUUUAGGAGUAGCUAUUGGUAAGAACACUUUCUGUGUAACUCUUCCCAUGUAAGUUGGAAUUGUUGGCAGCAGACACUCMCUGUUUAUGAGGCACAGUUGUUCAAAAACUGCUCUUUACAGUAUAUAUCAUGUGAUAAAUUUAAAGUAUUUAGGAGUGGAAUUGCUUUUGUUUCCCUAAUUAUCACUAACCAAUGUACUUUGAAUUACUCAAAUGAUGUCCAUUGUCACUUGUGUUAACCUGGGUUGUCAAAAGACAAGACAGUGUAACUUUAAGAUGCAUAAUUUGCCCAAUUAGAUAUAACAACCAAUUUAUAAAAUGUUUGGUCACUUUUCUAUCAUCAAUUUUGUGUUCAUAUAGGUGAUUCACCUGCACCUGCCUAGACAUGGAGGAUGCCAACAACAAAUUAGUAUUUUCCAGUUUUUUUAACUCUGAAACACACAUGCACAGUCUGUCAUAAUUGAAAAAAAUCGAUGUUCUACACCUUAGAAUAUUUUCCUUCUUUUUCGUAUAUUUUGCUUAAACAUCUUGACUUCACAGUGGCACAAGAGUUGCUAUUAGCCUUGGGUUGCAGUGUUGAAUAUUGUUUUAAAUUAUUUUCAUUUUCAACAUAAUGCCUUGAAAGCUAUUGAGCUUAAAAUGUAAACAAAUUCACGUUUACAUAGUUGGAGCAAAAAAUAAGUCUAUUUUAACAAAUAGCUUUGUUUUUGCAUGUUAAUGUCAGAGAGGCACAUGAAAUGUACGUUGUGGUGUUCUAAAGGUUUUACUACCCUUGUUUAAAAAAAAAAAAAACCUGUAAUCUUAAAUGGUUUUAUUUGCUGUUAUACAAGCAACACUACACAAAGUUAACACAUUUUGUCCUAAAUGGUACAGAUGUAUAAACUGUUGUUUUUUCACUUAUUCGGUUUUUGUAAAUACUGCACUAUAAAAUCAACCCCUGAGGAAGAAUAAUCAUUUAUUUAUGAUAUUAGAAAUAAUUUCUAUAGUAAUCUUUAAAACACAAAGCCAAGCAACAUUUGUAAGAUACAUAGUAUCUAUUUGGAGCAAAGGUUUUUAUAACUAAUUUGUUUCAUUUUCUAAUAAAGACAACUAAAAAUUAUUCUACUGUUUCUGCAGUGCUUUUAUACCAAAAAUUAAAACUUGUAUGGGAGAUCUUGACAAUUUUUAGGCUAUUUAAACAGGAAUAAUCAGCCUGCCUCUCUGUGCAUCUUGUGGUCUUCUUUCCUUCACCAAGUCAAGUCAAGUAUGCUGAGCAGCAAACUACAGAAAGGAAAUUUCAGCUGGCCUUUAUAUAGGGCUGUGCAACUCAUUCUACUGCUUUGGUACCAUUUCUUCUUAACACAUGCACCAAUUUUAUUCUUUAGCGUUAGUAUUCUUCUUCACUAUAUUGGGUACAGUACAUUACUAUGCUAUCUGCCUGGCACACUACCUUACAGAUUACACCUCAUACAUUUCUCUCCCCUUGCUCAAAAAGCUUCCAGAAUACCCAUGAAGCCAUUCUUCUGUUUCCGUGCUACCUUUCCUAUAACUUGUAAUACUUAACCAAAAAAAAGUAUCUCUCCUAAACUUUGAGCUCCCCCAGAGCAUGCACUUUCAUCAUCUCUGUGUUCCACUGGCCCAGCAURUUAGAAAAGUGAGGUAUCUUCCUUUUCAUCUAUCACUAAUCCAGCUGGUGCCUUUCCUGCAUGAAAUUCACAAUUUUAGAAUAUGAAGGGAUCAACACUGGYUCUCAACUAGAAGCAUCUGAAAAUGUCUGGAGGAGGCACUUUCAGUGGCUGAUGUAGGGCAGGUGCUGUUGGCAGCUGCAAUAAAAAGUGAUCUGGCUCAGCGGGAAGUUGAGAGACUAUGAGCUAAGUCAUCACACGGACAUCUGAGUAACACCCUAACUUGCUUUACCAGAUCAUCCACUUCCGUCUCUUUCACUUAAAUAACAGCAUAUAGAUUGAGGUUUAUCAUUAUGAAGGAGAAAGCCAGCUCUAUCAUUUAGAGUACAUAAAAAGUACUAAUCUGCUAGAUAUGGUAACACAUUGCCUGUAAUCCCAGCAUCUUGAGGGGACUGAGACAGGAAGUUCAAGUCUAGCCUGGGCAACUAAUAAAAGACUUGAGGUGUUUUGGGGGGCAGGGAUGACAUGGACUACAGUUCCUACUCCAUCUGGCAGAUUUCACUUAUUAAAAUGCUGAUGGGCUGGGGUUGUGGCUCAGUGGUAGAGCGCUUGCCGAGCAUGUGUGAGGCACUGGGUUCGAUUUUUGGCACAACAUAUAAAUGAAUAAACGUACAAUUUACAAAACUGCUAUAAGCGAGAUUUAAGGUAAAAACAGGUACUGGAACAGGUACUAUUUUUUAAAACAAGUACUUAAACCGUUACUAAAAUUACCCAAGAAUCUAGUCAUUUUGUCAGAAAUAAUAUAAGAGGUAUACUCACAGCGAAGCCAGAGGAUAGGCUGCUCUGAUGUAUCCAGACCAGAAGCUACACCAUGGUCCCAGCCCAGCAUCACUCCUGGCUCUCCUGAAGGCAAGGCAGUAGCUUUGUUGUGGCCCUCACAUUCAGGACACAAACAGACUGAUACAGAGGGCAGUGGAUUCCAGAGUUUGGCUUUAUUUUGCAGUACAGAAAUCAUUUGGAGCCAUUUUGGGAUAGACAUCAUUGAAGAGAGGCUCUGUCAAAUCAAUACUGCAUUGCAGCUUGGUCCAUUGAAGAAGCCMCGCCUGGGAUACAAAAGAUGCUUCCACAUUUUACCUGCUUUUUAAUGAUAGGUUCCUUUCCCCUUCUCUCAUCAACUUUAUUAGGUUAAAACACCACAUAUUGGCUUCCUCCAAACGAAUCCCUAAGUCUGGAGUUUGGUUAGAAGUUUAUGCCCACAUAAACCAAACUUUUGACUACGGUAUUUGGGCCCUGCCAUAAUACUUAACACACAAUGUAGUUAUAUUCAAUUUAGAAUCUCCUUAAUGUCAAGAUGGCACACAAACUGUAUGAAUCCAGCUCUUGAGCAGCAGAAGCACAUAAAUGCAAAGUCUACCCUGAUUAAAAGAUACAAAUACUGUAUCAAGUUUUCUGUAUUGAUAUCACAAUGUUUAAAACUGCUCC